CAGUUUUUCAGUUGUCACUCGACAACGCGAUCGCCCGGUGUUGCCUCUGCUCUAGUGGCUAUUGCGUCAAUUUUUCCGGCCAGCUGUGUGAAGUAAUCAAGAGAAAACUCGGAAGAAAAGUGUCACCGUGACAACGAAAAACAAAAGACCAAGCAAGCGAAUUUCGUUUAAAAUCAUCGCCUAAAUGCAUUUCUGAUUACCCGUUUUUCCAACGCUGAUAAAACACUUUCUCUUUUUCUGUUUAACUUUACCCAUUAUCUCUCCUCGGUGGUGUACAAGCGUUGACACAAUUCAGGGCAUACAAUAUUUUGGUGUCUCAUCAAUCAUACACGUGAAUACUUUUGUUUGUCUGCGUGGGCGUGAUAUUUUCGAAACAAAUUCCAUUUUGAAAACAAAUUUAACCUUGGGCCCUUUAAAAGAACUCGAGGCGGUCUGACUGCAUUCCAAAAUACUCGCAAAUACAAAACUGCAGUCCCAAAAUCGUUACUCGUCGGUUGUCUCCCAGAUAUGGCCUGUCUCUCGGACAUUGAUUUGGCGACCCUCCAUGAGCAUCGGCUUAAGCAGCGCUGGCACUACGGCCUGGCAAAUUAUUCGGACUAUCAUCAUCACCAGGAUGGGUUCAAUGCCAUGACGCGACGUUGCCUGGAGCGUAGUCUGCAUAAACCAGACACAGACCUGAGGAAAGUCCAAAGAGAUUUGAAUGGCAAUAGCCUGGAUGCAUUUGGCUCGUCUGGCGGCGCCGAUAAAUCUGAUCUGGACAACAACUGCUUUGCGUCAGGUAUGCAACGGCAACGCUCCGGCACAUGGCCGCGAACGCGCAGCUUGAAUGCCCCGUCGCCAUUCCAGCAGUUCGGACCAUGCGGACGCAUUAUGAAAAACUCCGCCAUGGUGAUGCAGAUUCAGGAUCCGGCCAGCCAGCGCCUGACCUGGUACAAACCGCCGCUCACAGUCCUAGUGAUCAAGAAGGUCAGCGAUGCCUCGGUGCUGGCGCCGUUUGUCCAGCUGGUGGACUGGCUGUUGCAGGAAAAGAACAUGGUGGUGUGGGUGGAGUCGGCGGUGCUGGAGGAUGCCCACCUCAAUGAGGAUGUCAAGUUCAAGGCCAUCAGGGAAAAGUUGGUCACUUUCAAGGAUGGGCGCGAUGAUCUAACCGAUCGCAUCGACUUUAUUGUCUGCCUUGGAGGGGACGGCACAUUGCUGUACGCCUCCCAGCUGUUCCAGCAAUCAGUGCCGCCUGUGAUGGCAUUCCACUUGGGCUCACUGGGCUUUCUCACACCCUUUCGAUUCGACAAUUUCGAAGAGCAGCUCACCAGCGUCUUGGAGGGUCAUGCUGCGCUCACGCUGCGCAGCCGCCUUCGCUGUGUGAUGCAUCGCAAGGGUGACAAACGGCAGGAGGCCAAAGUGGAGGCCAACGCAGAUGCAAGACCUGCUGCCAACAGCAUCCUCGUGCUAAACGAGGUGGUCAUUGAUCGCGGACCGUCGCCGUAUCUCAGCAAUAUUGAUUUGUUCCUCGAUGGCAAGUACAUCACCUCCGUGCAGGGCGAUGGCCUGAUUGUUUCAACUCCGACUGGGAGCACAGCGUAUGCGGCAGCAGCUGGUGCCUCCAUGAUCCAUCCCUCUGUGCCAGCCAUUAUGGUAACUCCCAUUUGCCCGCACUCUCUGAGCUUCAGGCCUAUUGUGGUGCCUGCGGGAGUGGAACUGAAGGUCUCCGUUUCGCCUGAAAGUCGCAAUACUUCGUGGGUCUCAUUCGAUGGACGCAACCGUCAGGAGCUGUUCCAUGGCGACAGCCUGCGUGUGACCACCUCCAUUUAUCCUGUUCCCUGUAUAUGUGCCCAGGAUCAGAUAUCCGAUUGGUUUGCAUCCCUCGCCGAUGGCCUCCAUUGGAAUGUGCGCAAGCGCCAGAAGUGCCUCGACGAGCUGUCGGAUCUGACGGCAUCCGGCUCCGAGGACACGCUGGACGAGAUGGAAAAUAUGAAAUUGCGCACCCGGAGCUUGAAUGCCCCGUCGCCCUUCCAGCAGUUCGGACCAUGCGGACGCAUUAUGAAAAACUCCGCCAUGGUGAUGCAGAUUCAAGAUCCGGCCAGCCAGCGCCUGACCUGGUACAAGCCACCGCUCACAGUGCUGGUGAUCAAGAAAAAGGACUCUCAAGUGCUCCUGCCGUUUGUCCAGCUGGUGGAGUGGCUGGUGCAGGAGAAGCACAUGGUCGUGUGGGUUGAGUCCGCCGUGCUGGAGGAUAAGCUGCUGCGGGACGAUGUCAAGCUGGAGAACGAGAGCGCCAAGUUCCGACAGGUGCACGGAGACUACUGUGGCGUGCGUGAGCGUUUUCUGGCGCUGCGCGAGAAGCUGGUGACAUUCAAGGAUGGUCGCGAUGAUCUAACCGAUCGCAUCGACUUUAUUGUCUGCCUCGGAGGGGACGGCACCUUGCUGUACGCAUCUCAGCUGUUCCAGCAAUCAGUGCCGCCCGUGAUGGCCUUCUAUCUGGGCUCACUGGGCUUUCUUACGCCCUUCCAGUGUGAUAACUUUCAGGAGCAGGUGACCAAUGUACUGGAGGGUCACGCUGCCCUCACCCUGCGCAGCCGCCUGCGUUGCUCCAUCCAUCGCAAGGGCGAACGGCGCAAGGAGUCGCUCCAGCCAGCCGGCAGCAGCCUGCUGAAGCCAAGUCAUCAUCGUUACCUGAACUAUAUAGAGCUCAACAAUGGAGCAUCCUCUGGUGCCAAUAACAAUUACUGCAACCCGCAUAUGUCAUCAAACAACAGCAUCCUGGUGCUCAACGAGGUGGUUAUCAAUCGUGGCCCGUCGCCAUAUCUCAGCAACAUUGAUAUAUUCUUGGAUGGCAAGUACAUCACCUCUGUUCAGGGCGAUGGCCUGAUUGUGUCGACUCCGACUGGGAGCACAGCGUAUGCGGCAGCAGCUGGUGCCUCCAUGAUCCAUCCCUCCGUGCCGGCCAUACUGGUGACUCCCAUCUGUCCGCACUCGCUGAGCUUCAGGCCCAUUGUGGUGCCAGCAGGAGUGGAGCUGAGGAUAUCCAUAUCGCCGGAUAGCCGCAACACCUCUCGCGUCUCCUUCGAUGGACGCAACGACCAGGAACUGAAUCAUGGAGAUAGCCUGCGGGUGACCACCUCCAUCUAUCCCGUUCCCAGCAUUUGCUCUCAGGAUCAGAUCUCUGAUUGGUUCGACUCACUCGCCGAGGGACUCCAUUGGAAUGUGCGCAAGCGCCAGAAGUGCCUCGAUGAGCUGUCGGACCUGACGGCCUCCGGAUCGGAGGACACGCUCGACGAGUUUGACAAUCUGAAGAUCUACGAUGCGAGUGGUUCUUCCCUGGAUACUUGAGUGCCCAAUUAGCUUAGUUCUAGAGCUAAUUCAUAGGGUUUUCCUGUGUGCAAUUUUUUAGGCUAAGAAAUGUAGCGAAAAUACUCUAUUGUAAUAUUGAAAUAUGUAUAUAUGCAAUUACAUAAAUCACCUGGUUGAGUUGAAGUGUUAAA